CUUUAUUUCUCUCUCCUUUCCUCUAAAAUUUUCUUCCCCAAAACCCUCUUCUUCCUCCGGAAUAAAGAAAAUACAAUGCCUGUCUUCCUUGUGAAAAAAUUGAUAGUUUUAAGAUUCAAAUUUCACUUAAAACACCGCCAGAUCAAACUGAAAGUAGGACUUGAUUCCCUUGUUCAAACAAACACAGAGAGAAGAGAUUACAUAUUAUGGUAAUUCAUUCGUGAAGAGAGUUGAAAAUAGGUCUAAAUAAUACUGUAUCUCAUGGAUUCUGCUUCUGAAGGGGGUGCACCUGAGUCAAAUACCGGUGAAGCUUCAUCAUCAGCUCCUCCUGCUGGUUCUAGUUCAGGUGGAGCUUCACCAAAUCGGUAUAAAUCUCAAAAGCGGAGAGACUGGAACACUUUCUUGCAGUAUCUUAAAAACCACAAGCCACCAUUAACGCUUGCUGACUGCAGCGGCGCACACGUUAUAGAGUUUUUGAAAUACCUUGACCGAUCUGGGAAAACGAGGGUUCAUGUUUCGGGGUGUCCUUAUUUCGGGCACCCAAAUCCUCCGGCUCCAUGUGCUUGCCCGAUAAAGAAAGCGUGGGGGAGUCUUGAUGCGUUGAUCGGAAAGCUGAGAGCAGCUUAUAAAGAGAACGGUCGACCGCAGGAGUCAAACCCUUUUGGAGACGACGGUGUGGGGAUUUACUUGGGGGAGGUUAAGGAAGGACAGGCAAAAGCUAGAGGAAUAUCUUCUGAGAAGAAGAAGCGAAAGAGGCCAGCUGUUGUAGUUACUGCCGCUGCAAAUAGCGGUGAAGCUUCAUCAUCAGCUCCUCCUGCUGGUUCUAGUUCAGGUGGAGCUUCAGUUCCAUCACAACAACCACCGGAAUCGUCUUCUCCAGCUCCAACAAGUCGGUAUAAAUCUCAAAAGUGGAGAGACUGGAACACGUUCUUGCAGUAUCUUAAAAACCACAAGCCACCAUUAACACUUGCUGACUGCAGCGGCGCACACGUUAUAGAGUUUUUGAAAUACCUUGACCGAUCUGGGAAAACGAGGGUUCAUGUUUCGGGGUGUCCUUAUUUUGGGCACCCAAAUCCUCCGGCUCCAUGUGCUUGCCCGAUAAAGCAAGCGUGGGGGAGUCUUGAUGCGUUGAUCGGAAAGCUGAAAGCAGCUUAUAAAGAGAACGAUGUACGACAGGAGUCAAACCCUUUUGGAGAUGAGGCUGUGGGGAUUUACUUGGGGGAGGUUAAGGAAGGACAGGCAAAAGCUAGAGGAAUAUCUUAUGGGAAGAAGAAGCGAAAGAGGCCAGCUGUUGCAAUUACUGCCGCUGCUGUCUCUUUAACAGGGAGUACUGGUGCUAAUGAUGGUCGUGGUAGUGGUGGUGGUGAUGGAGGUGGAGGUGAGGUUGCUCGGAGUGCCGCUGCUCCGACUACAACAGUAUAAUUUCACCUUUUUUAUUUUAUUUUAUUUAUUUUUAUUUUUCUUAUGAUUAUCUGUUGCUAUUGAGACGAUCAAUAUGAGCAAUCUAUUUCUGGCAAUCGAUUCUCUUAUAACUGGAUCGUGAACCCAAAAUAGAUAGAAUUACAGAGAGAAAAUCUCUCUUUCUCCACA